AGAUGGGGUGUGUGUGAGUGUGUGUGGGGAACAGAGCAGGAGCGAGUGUACUAAAACUCACACACAUGCGCAGGAACCGACAGAGACAGGGACAGCUUUUCAGCAGCGGCUAAGGGAUUACUCCUAUUUUCAUCUCCAUCCUUCCUGGGGUGAGCCCCUUUCUUUAGCUUUAACAAAUCUUAUGUGCAUGUGUCUUUAAUUGCUGCUGGGUUAGAGAAUGUACAUCACUGAAUGCAGCUGCCAAGAAAUAUGUCCAGUGCUUGGUCAUGUGGACCACCUAAACAUAACCAUACAUCAUCCAGAGAAUGAGGCUGCAUUCAGAGAAGAGACGAUGAUCAGAAAAUGGGGGCAAGAGGAUUUGAAGGAGACAAGGAGAAACUGAGGUUUAGUGCCAGAAGAGUAUUGCAGACCUGAGAUGGAGUACAACAGGACACAGUGUUAGCUGUGAUUUCUUCAAGAGGAUUGCAAGCAUGAUCCCUCAUAGUGCAAGAUUCAUACUCAUUCUCAGUCUUACUUUGCUCAGCGGUCUACAUGCUGCAUACAUGACCGGAGAUGGAGGAGGCCAAGCAUGGACACAGACAAGCCCUGUUAAAGAGCACAAAGAAGUCCAUCCUUCUGGCAGCUUACUGUGGAGCAGCCAGAGAUCAAGAGCCAGUACGAAAGCCACUACUCCACCACUGACUACUCGAACAAAAACACGAAACUCUUGGUCAGCUACUCAUGGUGACACUGGCCAUUCCUCACUAACCACCUUAUUAGCAACACUGGGGUCAUAUCCCCAUCCAGCCUCCCAGGUCCAGAGCAAGGUAUUCAAAGCUCCAGUAAAUACAACAUCUCCUGACCAAAGGAGACCUGAAAUGAGGCUUAGUGAUGCCUGGGUACUGGGGGAGUCAAAAGCGACUGCUCAAAGAUCAGAUGACACAAGUCUGAAACAGAAGCAAACAGACCUACUGACAACUCUACAGGAUGACAGAAGAAUGGUAGAGGAGCUCACCAGGAGGCCACCUCCCCUUGGUACCAUUUCACCUAGAGACAGUUUGAAAUUAGACUCUAUGCCCAGUCGGACAAGUCCUGGCUUGGACAAAGUGCAUGAAGGUCCGUAUGAGAAAAACGAUAGUCUGGGUUCCUUAAAAGAGGAGACAUCCAGACCGACUCCAGGAUGGACAGCAAGCACUCUUAUUCCAGGCUUGCUUUCACUUGAUGACUGGAAUGAUGACUUCAGUGAAUCCUCCUCCCAGCCUGACUGCAAUAUUGACACCAUGGGGGUCUGCAACUCCUCCAACCCUCUCUGGAGCCUUGGUCUCCCUGACAACCUCUCCAGUGCCCUGACUCCUGCUUCCCCAGUGCCCCCUCCUGGGAAUAUGACCCCACCUCCUUCUAUAAUAAUGACCCCACCUCUUUUGGUGCCAUUAUUUUCAGACUGGAAUGCUGCAACGGCAACGUGGGGCCUGGCAUGGGAGCUGCAGGUAUACGGGCUGGGUUGUGUGUUCUCUCUCGUGGCUGUAUUGUCUGCGCUAAGCUUAUUGUGCCUCCCUCUGUGCCAGCCAUCUGGUUGUGCCAACUUCACCCUUCUGCAUCUCCUGCAGCUGCUUAUUGGCUCAAGCCGGGCUUUCUGGCUCAUCUAUGACCCCUAUGGGCAAAGAGAGCGCCUCCCUGUGGCUUGGGCACGGCUCCUACAUGAAGCCGGCUACCCAUGUUUAACCGGAGCAUUUGGCAUGCUGCUUGUGCUGCUUUCCCCACAGCUUCUCUCCCAGAAUGCACUGCGGCGGUGUAUUUGCUUGCUGGCCGCGCUCAUGCUGCUUCACAUGGCCACAGUUAUGGGCACAGUUGGAAUAUUAUGGAUUUUCCCUUCCUUCCCUGUCGUUUCUCUGCUGCCCCCUGCAGUCUUCCUGCUUCUCUCGUGUCUCCUCUCCACUUCAUACCUGCUGCUGUACUGCUGUGCCCGUGUUGAGGCCAAGCACAUCUACAGGCUGAGGGAGAAUUCCCCUGAUCGCCUGGCAUGCCAGGCCAGCCAAUGCCCCCUCAGUGAGGCAGGCGUGUGGGAGCGGGCAGCUGGAAUGGGACUGUUUUCAGCACUUUUCCUCUUGGCUUGUGCAGGACUCAGGCUCUAUGCCAUUCUGCAUGCACUGGGACUGACUAAUGGCAGGAUGGGGCUCAUGCCCUGGCCCUGGUGGGUAUUCCAGCUGAGCUGCAGAGUAUGUGAGGCAUGCGUUUGUCUCACUCUAGCUCUCAUCCUCACACACCCUCUCCUCUGCUGUGGAGUAGCUCGCCCCAAACUAAGUCGCUGGAACUCAUGGUUUGACAGGACAUCCACCAGGAACACAGUGAUCACCAAACCCCAAAUCCUGUCAGGUGGCUGGACCAAGAAGACUGGAGAGACACUGCAUGAAAGCAUGUCACAGCAUGAGAGUGAGAUUGUGCCACUUUAUACCCUAGCAGAACUGCCCCUUGGAGAACCAGAAGGCCUGGACCUUAACUAUCCCAGCAGCCCUCAGCUUGCCCCUGCACAACUUCCUAAAAAUGGACUUUUGGUCUCCCAUUCUUCUUUCAUCAGCCUGGACUGUGAUUCUACAGUAGAUCUGAGGCCUCCAUCUCCGAUUGACUUGCGGCGAAGCAUUGAUGAGGCUCUAAACAGUGAGGUUCUGUUCCAUCGCAGCCUGUUCAGCUCCUCCAGGCUGUCCCUCAGCACACGGGGGCCUCCAGAUGGCCAGCCAUGCAGAGGAAUACCUGCAGAAGCAUCCCUCUAUCGCACUGCAUCAUGUGGGGAUGUGGAUUUGCCUUCUGCACCGUCACCACCUGUACUACGGAGCAGCGCAGCAUGGAAGGCCUCCAACUUCAGCUCCUUACGUGGAGGAACUAGAAGUCAUGGAGGUCAGGCACCUUUUUAUACUGGUUUUGGCUCUGGGCGCUACUCUCAGAAGCAAUACAGGGCUCUGGGCUCCAUUUCUUCAAGAGAGCAUUUGUAUGAUCAGCAACACAUUCGCACACAAGCUGAUGAACUGGCUGUACAAGCUGAAUUCAUCAGCGUCUGCAGACAGAUAGAUGCCCUUAGUGUCUGCAGUGACACUAUCGAACUGUAGUUAAUGGGACACACAUCAGCACUGAGUGGAGUAGCUCUGAGAGUGGAGAUCGUCUAUAGACGUCUAUAGAUCGUCUGAGUGCAUGAGACCUAAUCUUUCAAACGGAAUUCUGCUGGAGAUGGACCACUUAUCUACUGCAAUUUGUAAGAACUAAUAACUUAAAUCAAGUUUGCAGACUGUUUGGAAAAUGUCACUGCAGUACCUGCAUACCUUUAAGAAAAUGGGAGAAUUGAAAAUAUAAAAUCUGAGUUAGUAUUGGACACAUAACUUUUUUAUGGCACCAUAAAAUGUACCAGGAGAAAGGGAAUUGGUAGAGGGUUUAAUUUCCACAAUUUCACAGAAUCUAGAUUUCUUGAUGAGAGGAAAAGUGCUUCUGUGCCUUUUUCAGUCGUCCAACAACCUUUUUCUAGAUGCGACACAUCAAACAAUUUAUUAUUCAAUACAGAAAAGCUUAAUGCCUUCAAAAAAAGUUUUGAGUUGAUUUUGAUGGAUAUAUGGAUUUUGCUCUAGCAAUGUAACUUCCUAUAAUGUUGCACAUGGAAAUAUGUUCAAGUUAAAGGUACUGUCACUGUUUGGACAAUUAGUUUGUUUUGUUAAUACAACUGAUAUGCAACAUUACUGACAAAGUACUAUUAAAAUGGGAAAAAAUAAGCAUACAUACAGUAUACAUGUUGGCAACAUUUAAAUGUCAAGGAAGGAAGGGCUUUUUCUCCAGCAGCAAUAUGUCUACAUUUAGCACUUUAUUUUUAACAGGAUGAGAGUUGAGAGUGGCUUGUGCUCACGUGUGGCUUUACUUGUAAUAUUUACUUGUAAGAAAAGAGAUUUUUAAGAGAAGACUAAGUUGACAAAAAUGACUAAGUUGAUAAAGUUAAAAAAUACCAAUAUAGCAACACCAGUCAGUGCAUGUGUGGGGGAAGUAGUUGUACAAUUUUAGGCUCUUAUUUCCUCCCUUAAGCAAAUAUGCGAGACAAAAGAUAAAUUUUAUCUUCUUCACUGUAGCUUUAAUUCCUUUCGUUGUUGUACUGGGUAGAGUAGCACAAGUCAGAACUUCACUUAUACAUCUGUGUUUUUAUAGAUAAGAAGUCUAUGAAAAUGAUAAGCUUGGCUGUUAGCACCAUGCCUCUAUUUUAUAAUGAAUUAAUGGAUGGAUGAAUAAAUAAAUGAAUAAAUAAAGUGAGGGAGUGAAAAGAUGGUUGGAUGUUGGAAAUUCGCAACAAAUCUUUACCUAAACUUGUUGAACCCAUGAUCCAUUUCAGGAUUUGAGACCAUCAUGUCAUCAUGAUCCAUCCCAUUUUGUGAUACUAUUGCAAUGCACCAAGCAUAAGCUGUAGAAACAGUCUACGCACUAAAAGCCAAUACAGCCACCUAGUGGUGAUAUUUAAAUAAAAAAAUGAUGAGAGAGGCUCUCGGAUCAUAACCAUCUUUAUUAAUGUGACCCUUUUGCACAUCAUGGCUGAGUGCACAGCUUUGGGCAGUACUCCUGUACAACAGUAAUACAUGAGUAGCAAAAGCCUGUCAAAGUCAGUAUUCAUUAACUCUGCCUAGAGGUCAUACACCCCAACCGGCACUGUUUUUAGCUCUAAUUGUGCUUCACAUAGCUAUAGCACAGAGAUAUAAUUGUUUGAGAUGCUCUGACAUCAUUCUGUGUCAGAUAAACUGUGGUCUUGUAGUAACCCAUUCAGCCUACAUGAGAUCUUCAGGUCCUCACUUUAGUGAGCUGCUUUACAGAAGAAUAUUGUCAAAAAUAAGACAGUAACAUUGAACAUAAUAAAGGACUAUAAUAAAAUAGAUUUCUUUGAGCAGUUUCUUUUGUCCAAAAGACUCUGUACAAAUUUAGGGAACUGUCUGACUUGCCAGCAAUCGCAGAGGAAAUAAGAGGACCUGUAAAGUAAACCUAUUUUAUACACUCUAAAUUCAAACAAUGACUCAGGCAAAAAGACAGCAACACACAUCCACACAAAUGGAGGUGACACCUUCAUACAUUACAGUUUUCCUGGGAAUGAAUUAAGUCUAAUAUUCACUGUAUAGCAUACACAAUCACAUUUGGUAAUACACUUGUGUAGUGUAAGUGUACACGACUAACAUUUUUCUUAUAUUAUUAUCCAAACCCCAAAGGAGCUGUGACUCUUCCAGGAAAUGGAAACUGUGCAGUGAUAUAGCAUUAUGUUACAAACUUUGACACACAGAUGACAAAUGUUGUUCUACUCAGAUCAAAGUCACCCACACUGGAAAGUUUAACGCUUAAGUGUUUCCAUUACAAGGCAGCACUACCACAACUGCAACCACUUAGUAAAUUUGCUUGUAAAUCAUUAUUGUAUUGUUGUAUCCAUAAGUGAUAUUUCAUUUGGCCAAGAAAGUACGUGUGUAGAUACUGAAUUAAAAUGCAAAAAUAAAUUCCAAUCAUAGAG